GGGUUGUGAGUUUAGUUGAGAUCCGGAGAACCAAUCUCCCCCCUUUCUCUUCUCUGUCAGGGUUCUCUUUCGUCCCUUAUCGGCUCAAUUUCUCACUUUCUCGCUCCGGAGGCAAAAUUUUCCGUCAGCCAACAGAGAGAGAGAGAGAGAGAGAGUUUGGAGAUUGAAGGUCGCCGAGGAGAUUCGAAGGGCGGAGAUUGCGAACUCGAAGUGAGAUUGAGGUUUUGCAUGUGAUGGCACAGAGCUUUUCAAUCGCCAUUAUCGGUUCCUUCUGAUUCAAAACCCUUUCAAUUCUGCCGUUUCAGUCUCUAUCCAUCACGUACGCCUGUAUUGCUUUUUCUUCUGUUUUUUCUUCCUCGUCUUGCUGGUUUCUCUUCAAGAUUUGGUCCGGAGUUUACCCCUGUGGUUGCCACAUAUCGGCGUAUUCUCGUCCUUACGCGUUCAGUGAGAGGAGGCACAACCGAUCGAUAGGCAUGUUGAGUUGAUUUUGUUUUUCGUUUUGGUUUUCUCUUUGGCGAUUGCCUUGGCAGGAUAUGAAAGUUUUGUUACUGAGGCUUCUUGCUUGACAUGGUUGCGAAAGUAUUUGAAUUGAUUUCCUGCGGUGCUAUUAGGCGCGCUCCUUGUGCUGUGCGUUGAAAACGGUUGUUCUUUGAGGGUGCCCAUGCUAUUGGCCUCAUUUUCAUGCCGCCUGAACCUUUGCCCUGGGAUCGGAAGGACUUCUUCAAGGAGAGGAAACACGAGAGGUCAGAGUUCCUCGGACCUGUAUCUAGAUGGAGAGAUUCAUCCAGUCACGGAUCCCGUGAGUUUAGUAGGUGGGGAUCAGGUGAUUUUCGCAGACCGCCAGGUCAUGGUAGGCAGGGGGGUUGGCAUGUGUUCUCUGACGAAUAUGGUCAUGGAUAUGGGCCUUCCAUGUCAUUCAAUAACAAGAUGCUGGAGAAUGUCAGUGGCCGGCCAUCUGUUUCACAUGGCGAUGGGAAGUAUGCUAGGAAUGGUAGGGAAAGCAGAUCUUUUAGUCAAAGAGAUUGGAAGGGUCAUUCCUGGGCAAAAAGUAAUGGGUCUACGAACAAUGGUGGUAGACUGCAGCAUGAUCUAAAUUAUGAUCAGAGGUCAGUCCAUGAUAUGCUGAUAUAUCCCUCUCAUUCUCAUUCUGACUUUGUAAACCCAAGAGAUAAGGUAAAAGGACAGCAUGAUAAGGUCGAUGAUGUCAAUGGGUUAGGCACGAACCAGAGACGUGAUCGGGAGUACUCUGUGAGUUCCUCAGGGUGGAAACCUCUUAAAUGGACACGUUCUGGUGGCUUGUCUUCACGUACUUCAACAUCGGGCCAGUCCAGUAGCACAAAGAGCAUUGAUGCUUUAGAUUCUAGUGACAGGAAGUCUGAGACUGUGUUGAAAAAUGCAUCGCAAAAUCUGUCUCCUUCAGCUGAUCCUGCUGAGUGUGCCAUGUCUUUUCUGCCUUAUGAUGAGGCAAGUGCCAGGAAGAAGCCACGGCUAGGAUGGGGUGAGGGACUUGCCAAGUAUGAGAAAAAAAAGGUCGAAGUUCCUGAUGGUACUGUUUUUACAAAUGUUAAUGCAGAAUCUACUCAUUCUCUGAAUUCUAGCUUGAUUGAAAAAGGCCCUAGAGGUUCAGGAUUUUCUGAUUGUACCUCACCUGCGACCCCUUCUUCUGUCAUUAGUGGUUCCUCUCCAGGUGGGGAUGAAAAAUUGUUUGGGAAGGCAUCAAGUGAUAAUGAUGUCAGUAACUUUCAUGGUUCACCUGGCUCUGGUUUUCAACAGUACGAGGGAACAUCCUCUGUAGAGAAGUUGGAUAAUUUUUCAAUAGCUAAUUUGUGUUCUCCACUCAUUCAACUGCUGCAAUCUAAUGAUUCAAUUUCAGUGGAUUCCACUGCCUUGAGUAAGUUGCUUAUAUAUAAAAAUCAAAUUUCUAAAGUGUUGGAGACAACUGAGUCUGAAAUUGAUUUACUUGAGAAUGAGCUGAAGGGGCUGAAAUCUGAAAGUAAGGGUUACUUUUCUUUCCCGUUGGCAUCCAGUUCUUUGAUGGUGGGAGAUAAAUACUUUGAAGAGCAAAACGAUGUCACUAAUACAGUUGCUAUCCUGCCAGAUACUUCUGUGAAUACUAUUUCAAAAAGGAUGGCACAUUCUACAAGUUACUUGGAAGAAGCAUAUGCCGAUGUCAAGGAAAAGGAUAGGUCUGGGAGGUUGGAUGUGAAGGAAUCUGUCAUCAUGAAAGAGAAGCUAAAAAUUUCUGAUUGCAAUGUCACAGAUAAUAUUGUGGCCUCUGUUGACAAUAGCAUGCCUUUAAAGAGUGAAGGUGUCAUGUUAGAGCCCAUUUUUAAUGAUAUGUAUGAAUAUGAUGAGGAGGGUGAAGAUAGUGUGACUGAUUUAAUUCUGGCAUCCAAUAAAGAGUCUGCAUGUAAGGCUUCUGAAGCUUUAAUCAGGAUGUUGCCUGCCAAUGAACAUAAGAUUGAUAUUUGGAGUACAAAUGCCUGCUCUCAGAAUCAAUGUUUAGUGAAAGAGAGAUUUGCAAAGAGGAAACGGCUAUUAAGAUUUAAGGAGAGAGUAAUUACCCUUAAGUAUAGAGCCUACCAGUCUUUGUGGAAGGAGAGUUUGCAUGUGCCUCCUGUAAGGAAGCUACGUGCAAAAUCUCAGAAAAAAUAUCAGUUGAGUUUGUGGACAAAUUACAGUGGUUACCAGAAGAACCGAUCUUCCAUCCGAUUCCGUAUGCCAUCACCUGGAAAUCUGAACCCUGUUUCUAGCACGGCGAUACUUAAGCACAUGAGCAUGCAGCUUUCUACUCCCCAGAUUAAGCAGUACCGGAGGACAUUGAAGAUGCCCGCAUUAGUUUUGGACCAGAAGGAUAAGAUGGGCUCAAGGUUCAUCUCUAAUAAUGGAUUAGUUGAGAACCCAUGUGCCGUUGAGAAGGAAAGAACGAUGGUUAAUCCAUGGACCUCAGAAGAGAAAGAUGUUUUCCUGGAGAAGUUGGAAUGUUUUGGGAAAGAUUUUGGGAGAAUUGCAUCCUUCCUUGAUCACAAGACAACAGCAGAUUGUGUUGAGUUCUACUACAAAAACCACAAAUCCGAUUGCUUCGAGAAAACAAAGAAGCUGGAGUUUGGGAAGAAAGCAAAGUCCUCCACCAGUAACUAUUUGAUGACAACAGGGAAGAAAUGGAAUCCAGAAACGAAUGCUGCUUCUCUUGACGUGUUGGGUGCCGCUUCAGCUAUGACGGCCCGUGCUCAUAAGUACUCUAGCAGCAGAUCAGGUGGAAGAACUGCAUAUCACACAACCCAAUUCGAUGAUGAUCUGUCAGAAAGGGCCAAAGCUUUUCAUAGUUUUGGAAAUGAAAGAGAAAAAGUGGCUGCUGAUGUCUUAGCUGGUAUAUGUGGUUCCCUUUCUUCAGAAGCCAUGGGUUCAUGUGUCACUAGUAAUUUCAACCGAGGAGACUGUUCUCAGGAUUUGAGGUGCAAAAGAGGUGCUACAACCGUAUUAAGACGGUGUAUGACAACUAAUGUUCCGCAGUAUGUUGAUGAUGAGAUUUUUUCAGACGAGAGUUGUGGAGAAAUGGAUCCUUCUUAUUGGACAGAUGGGGAGAAGUCUCUUUUCAUAGACGCAGUGUCAGUUUAUGGGAAGAAUUUCUCAAUGAUCUCUACCCAUGUAGGAUCAAAGUCCACGGACCAGUGCAAGGUCUUUUUUAGCAAAGCACGGAAGUGCCUCGGAUUGGAUUUGAUAUGUUCUGCAAAGAAAAUGCCAGAUAACGGAAAUGGCCAUGAUGCUGAUGGAGGUGAUGGUGAAGCAGGUGUAGAUACCAAAGAUGCCUUUCCUUCUGAUCGUGUUGGCUCUCAGACGGUUGAUGACUUGCCGAAGUCUAUGAUGAGUAUAAGUGGUGGCGAAUCAGAGUCCAUGAAUCUGCAGUCUGCCCAUCAGGAAGUCAAAGAGAGUAAUCCAUCCUCGAAGACUUGUAGUAAUGCUGCUGUGGAUGUUAUGGCGUCCGAUGAUGCAUGUACUAGGAAGGAUGGCUCUCAUUCGGGUUUCGAUGACGAUUGCCAGUCAGUGAAUUCUGCCAAUGAUGAGAAUGGUGUGGUACAUGAGCAGCAACAAGCAGUUGUGUCUGAUGAAACUGCAAAAGAACAAAGCAUUUCUGCUUCUGUCACAGCGUCAUCACGAAACGUUGAAACCAAGAGGGAAAAUGUUGAUACUAGCACUGAUCGAGGUGAUAAAGUUGACUCCCAUACGGCAGAUAGCUCUUCAAUAUCCUUAAACUCUCAUGUGACCUCACUGCCUAAGGAAGAACAAGGGUGUCAUCAUGUCAGAGUCCAUUCACAUUUACGUAGUUUGUCUGAUUCUGAACGAUCGUCUAGAAAUGGUGAUGUAAAAUUAUUCGGUCAAAUUCUUACACAUUCCUCAUCUGUGCCGAGUUCGAAAUCUGGAUCCAGUGAGAAUGGAAACAACAGGAUGACCGAGCUUCACCACAAGUUCAAGCGCAGAUUGAAAGUAAACAGCCAUGGAAAUCUAAGUACCGUCAAGUUUGAUCGUAAAAACUCUCCAGGCCAAGAGGAAGAUACUCCCUCAAGAAGUUACGGAGUUUGGGAUGGGAACCGAAUACGCACCGGGCUUUCAUCAUUGCCUGAUCCCACCACCCUACUAUCAAAAUAUCCUACAUUUAAUCAUCUCUCUAAAUCCACCUCCCCCCUGAUCGUGGAGCAGCAGCAGCCGCCUAAUUGCAAGGAACAGAAAUCAAAUGGCGAAUUGGAGAUGUCGGAGGUAAAUAGUAGUAAAGAGGUAGUAGUUGAAGGAAUUAAUGUAGGGGAGAAUUGUAAUGAGGAUGAUAUUAAAUUGCAUUGCAAUAAGGCUGCUGAGGGUGGUGGUGGCGGCUCAUAGAAGAGAGAAUUUAGGUGGUAGUAGAUAAAUGAAUGCUCAGAGAGCCUUUUCAACAGAAGAAGGCCCUCCAGCCUCAGCAGCAAAAAUUCUUUCUUUUGCUGCAUCCCAUGUAUCAUAGUUUCGUUGAUGUCAAUGAAUGAAUAGCAGAAUUCGACGGUUCUUGUUGCCGUCUUGUAAGAGGAAAGGGAAAGGAUUUUGGGGUAAGUAGUGCCUUCAGAAUUAUAUUUUCCUAAAUCUUCAUGGACCCGUUUAACACAGAAAAAAUCUUUUAACAUAAUAACCUCUCUGGACAAA